AUGAAAAAAUAUUUAAAUUUUAAUAAACAAGUUUUACUUUCAAUUCUCUCUCGACAACAGCAGCAGAAACAACAACAACAACGAGUAGAUAGCUUUGAAUCAAAAAUACAUAAUAGAAUAACAAAUAUUGAAGGAUUGAAUAGGAGUUUUAUAGUACAAGAAAGAUUUUAUAAUACAAGCCUCAUUAGAAUGUCAUCAUCAUCCGAUAAUAAUAAUAAUUCAUCAUCACAUGAUGAGAGUAUUGCACCUUCCUCUUCAUCAUCAGAACAACAAGUAGAUAAUAAUAAUACAAAUUUUGAACAAGUGGGAUGGAAUCAAACUAAAAUUGAUAGACCAACACAGGAAGAUAUUCAAGUCAUUGAAAAGAUACAAUUGAAGAAGGCUAUUACAGUGCCGAAUGCUAUUGUGAAGAGAUGUAAAUGGGGAUAUCCACAAGUGACAUUUGCAUUCACUAGUAAAAACAAGGCAGAAACUUCUGAGAAUACCUAUGUACCAGGAACAUUCCUUUGGUUGACAUGUCCUAGAGUUAAUUUAAUUAUUGAUAAAGUGGAAACAUCUGAUGAAUUUAAUGAAAUAAGAAGAGAAUUCGGAGCAGAACUUAACUUUUCCAAGACUAAAUUGAAAAAUCAAAAUAAGAGAAAAUCAGAGAAUAAUAAUUCUUCAGAAAAGAAACAAAAACAAGAAUCUGAAGCAACUGUUACCAUUCAUGAAUCUCAAAAGAAUAAUUUAUUGAUGGAAUCAUUUGAAAAUUAUGACAAGUGGUUGUUAGAAGAAGCCAAAGUAACUGAAGGUCAAGAUAAGGGACAAGCUUUAUUGACACCAGAUGAAUUUAACAUGUGGAAAUAUUCCGUAUAUGAAAAGGAUUUGAAUAACUUGCCACCUCAAAGAAAGAGAUAUGGUAAUGCAGGUGUUUCACAUCCAUCCUCAAUCAAGUGUCUUCAUUCACACAUUUCUUCGUAUUUUGCUGGUUCAAAGGAUCAUGUUGGUAAACGAGCAUUUGAAGCAGGUAAACGAGUCAUUACAGAAGUUUUGAAUGAAACAGAUAUUGAAGAUUUGGCCAAUCCACUCGAUUGUCGAUCCAACUGUAUCAAGUGUCAGAUGAAUAAAAAAGAUUAA